CUGUUCUGUCCUGCUGUCAGGGAGGCCUCCGUGUCUCUGCCUCAGCUUCUGUGGCUCUGUGACCUGCAGAUCCUGGGAGAACUGUAGGGAGGACGCCGGGACACCCAGAAGCCGUGAAAUGGGGCUUUUGACAUUCAGCGAUGUGGCCAUAGACUUCUCUCCGGAGGAGUGGGAAUGCCUGGACCCUACUCAGCGGAUUUUGUACAGGAAUGUGAUGUUAGAGAACCACCAAAACCUGGUUUCCCUGGGCCUUGCUAUCUCCACGCCGGACCUGAUCAUGUGUCUGGAGCAAAGGAAAGAGCCCUGGAAUGUGAAGAGACAGAACACAGUACCCAAACCCCCAGGUUUGGAAGAAGCAUGGCACUGGCACCUGCUCAGUUUCUGGUAGGACCCUCAUGCUGCAGAAGGUGAGUAGGUGUGUGCAGAGAGAUCACUUGGCAAGAGGGAAGCAAGAAAGAGAAACUGAAGAAGACUGACUCUUAUUAACACACUGUAACACAAAUGAAUGAUAGUCAUUUCAGAUGCAUUUUUCUAGGUGAGAGAAGUCAGACCCAAAAGGCUAUACCCACUGUAGGAUUCCAAUUCAUAGGACAUUAAGAGAAAGGCCAAACCAUAGGGACCCGAGACAGCUUAGGACUUCCAG